AUGCCUCACUGCUGGUGCAACCUGGCGUCCGUCACAGAAUCACAGGUUGGGUCUGGAGCGGAUGGGACGCCAUGGGGACUUCGAGCAUGGUCCAGGGGCAACCAGGACACCACAAACGUCCAGGAGCAACCACCUCUGUUCAACUUAGGAGAAAGAAAAGCCCUGGUUUUGGGUGAGGGUGGGGGGGAGAAAUUGGUGCGGGCCGCUUCGAGGGCGGGGGGGGCGGAGGGGGGAGGGUUGGCGCUGGUGUUUGGGGGGGGGGUGUGGGCAGGGGGGAGCGGGGGGGGGGGCCGGGUAGGGGGAGUGGGUGGUGGGGGGGCAUGGGUGGGUGGGAGUGGGGGGGGGCGUGGGGUGGGGGGGGGGUGGGGAGGGUUGGCGCGACCGUUGGGGGGGCGGGUGGACUUUGUUGGGGGAGUGCGGGGCGGUGGGGGGGGGGGGAGUGUGGGGGGGGGUGGGGGAGGCGGGGACUGGAAGGGGUGGUGGGAGGAUCGGGGGGGCUCGGGAUGGGGGGCGUGGUGGGGUGGUAGAUGGCUGGGGGUGGUCGUACGCGGCGGUGGUGGGGUUGGGAGGGUUGGUGGUGGGGAGGGACGGGGUGAAUGGGACGAGGGUGGGAGGGGGGGGGGGGGGGGGGGGGGGGGGGGGGGGGUCGCAGGGGGGGGGGAGGCGCGGGAGUGGGGGGGGCAUGCGCGGGCUGGGUGGUGGGGUGGGAGAGGGGUGAUGGGGGGGGGGUGGGUGGCGAGUAGGGGGGGAGGGUUGGGGCGGGGGGGGGGGUGGAGGGGGGGGCGGCUGGGUGGGGGGGCGGGGGCUGCGGUGGGGGGGGUGGAAGAGGGGGGCGGUGGGUGGGGGGCGGGGGGGGUUUGGGCGGUGGGUUUGGGAGGGGACGGGCGGGGAGGGUUGUGGGGGGGUGGACGGGAGGGGGGUGGUGGCGGAGGUGGGUGUUGGAUGUUUUGGGACGUGGCGGCUGGGUGGGCGGUGAAGGUCUUAGUGGGGAAGGGGGCGGAGGGCGGGGGCGGGGGGUUUGAGGACACACAAGCAGACACACAAGCGGACACACUGGGCUGUUCCUCUUUUUCUGUGAAAAUGAGAUCUACGAAGAACCUGUCCUUCCUCAUAUUCGUGGCUUUUGCUGUUUUAUUGCUGUUACUCAAAGAUAAGAACAAUCCUGACAAUGAUACAGUUCAGAAAAGGUUUAAAACAACUAUUGAUGAAAAGGAAACAGCCUCAAAGAUGAGCUCUUACGUUUACUCAUGGCCCAAGUGUGAACCAAACACAUCUGCAGCCAACAUCUCAGGCUUCCACACUCUGCCAGCUCAUAUUCAAAACUUUCUCUUCUACCGCCACUGUCGACACUUCCCCAUGAUCCUGGACAUUCCCGACAAGUGCGGCGGCCCGGGAAAAUCAUCCGACGUUUUUCUAUUUCUGGUCAUUAAAAGUUUACCGGGAAACUAUGAGCGGAGAGAGGUCCUGCGCAAAACAUGGGCCCAGGAACGGAAAGUCAACAAUUUACAGAUCCGAAGGGUUUUUAUCUCUGGGAUGUCGGGCGGUGGCGAAGAGAAGAUGAGACUAAACAAGCUUUUACGAGCAGAAAAUAAGUUAUAUUCUGACAUUCUUCAGUGGGACUUUCAGGAUUCCUUCUUUAACCUCACCCUGAAGCAGAUUCUGUUUCUGGAGUGGAUGGAGAGAAACUGCCCCAAAGCUCGCUUCCAUUUUAAUGGCGACGAUGAUGUCUUUGUCAACACAAACAACAUGGUGGAGUAUCUCCACAACCUCCAGGACAACGAUGGCAGCAAGCAUCACUUUAUCGGGCAUCUGAUCGAGAAUGUAGGCCCUAUCAGAUCACCAGCGAGUAAGUACUAUGUUCCAGUCCAGGUGGAGGAAUCUAACCACUAUCCUCCGUACUGCGGCGGAGGAGGCUUCAUACUCUCCGGCUUCACGGCUUUAGUCAUUUACAACAUGUCCUUGUCCACACGGCUGCUUCCUAUUGAUGAUGUUUACAUGGGCAUGUGUCUGGCCAGGGCCGGCUUACGUCCUCAGGCACACAUGUUAGUGAGGACUGCAGGACUUCACAUCCCGUCCAAAGUGGAUGGAUACGACCCGUGCAUUUACAGAGACGUCCUGUUGGUGCACCGCUUCCUGCCCUGGCACAUAUUUCUCAUGUGGGUUCAAAUAAAUGAUCCUGGUCUAAACUGCAGUUCUUCUUCCAACAUUUCCAACACAAGAUGGCAGAAAUGA